AUGCUGCUACUCACAACUAACUCGUAAAUUAGAUUGAAUUUACAUAUUUUAGCCUCUAAGCAGAUUAGUGCCGCUCAAAGUAACAAGGAACAUAUAGAGUCAGGAUAAAUAGGAAUUGAGUCCCUUUUCAGCUGCCUCAAGUUCCAAUGGGAGACGAAGUAAAAUGGAUUAAAUGAGAAGCAAACUUCUAGGUAUUCAAUGAUAAAAGUGAAGUCGAAUGUUUUCAAGCAGGAGUACUUUGAGUCCUUGAUAAACUCAUUUGAAUCUAAAUACUACUUGGAUAACAUGCUUGGCUAAGGAAUGCAUGCCACAGUUUUUAAGUGCUUCAAACUAGAUGAUAUUCAUAAAAAGGAACCUUUUGCUGUGAAAAUAGUCAGGGAUGAUGACGAUGAGAAGCGAUAAGCUCAUCAAAACGAAUUUGAGAUAAUGCAUAGACUGGAGCAUCCAAAUAUUGUUAAAGGUCUGGAGAUAUUUAUUAAUAAUCAAAAGAAAGAAAUUCACUAAGUUAUGAAGUAUAUUGACGGAAAAGAAAUAUUAGAUUAAAUCACAGAGAUUGGUGCUUACUCAGAGAAGGAGGCAUUGACAAUAUUCAAGUAAGUGAUGGCUGGGAUUAAAUACCUACAUGAAAAUGGGAUUUGCCACAGAGAUAUUAAACCUUCAAAUAUUCUGGUGACCAAGGAACAGCAAGUUUACAUUGCGGAUUUUAAUGUUGCAAGACAAAAAAAUGGAGAAAUAUUUAGGAUGAUGACGAAGACUGGAACACUUGCACACAACAUUUGGAGUGCUGGAACUGUACUCUAUACCUUGUUAUCUGGACAACAAGCCUUUGAUCAUGAAAAUGUUUCAAGGCUAAUUAGUAAAAUUACUCUAGCAGACUUUAGUUUCCGAGACUAAGUGUGGCUGAAAAUAUCUGAGUAAGCAAAGGAUCUUUUGAAUAAGAUGUUUACUAUUGAUCCAAGUGAGAGACCCUCUGCAGAGCAAGUGCUUUAACAUCCAUGGUUCAGCAUGAAUUUUGAUAGCCAUCAAUAAGAAAAUGAACUUAGAGAAGUUGUUUUGGAUUUGGAAUUAAGAAAAAGCUUAAAGAGUUAUGGAAAAUUAAGUAUAUCUUAGAUAAUAUGUGUUGGUAGCAUUGAUGAAGAGAUCCUUAAGAAAGGACUGCAAAUAUCUGACCUUAACUUUACCAAGAGUCUUACAAGUGCAAAUGUGGGUAAAGAUGCCUUUUUUGAUUAAGCAAUAUUUGAUAAAAACAAACGAGACUUUGAGGAUAAAUUAUUUGAUAUCUUUUUAGGCGUCUCUGAAGAUAAGAAUGAAAUUACACCUGAAAAAGAUGAUUUUUUCAGUGUCUGUAGUAAUAUGGCAGAAGGAGGGUUCAGGUAGUCUAAAACUGCUAGCGAAAAGGAGGUAGGCUUGUCAAUCUAGUCAUAAAAUGUAUGA